AUGUCGCAUUUCAUUGAAGCCUCGCGCCCGCUGAUGCGUGCUCGCAACAACUCCGUCACUCGCUCCUUCUCCAUCGCCAUCCCUGCCCGUAAGGCCGGCGAAGUACUAUGGUCUCCCAAGCCGCGUGGUUUUCUCGCCGAAGUGGACUCGAUUCCCCAACGUGAACCCUCCCCUGGGAAUCGGUACUCGUACACGCGCACGCAAGAGGCCGACAAGCUGAGCCUGCUGAAACGGAAGAUGGCGGAGCAGCGUCAGCAUCUGGAUGAGAUGGAUCGCCAUCUCCAAGACUUGGCUCGAGGACAAGCCACCGCCGGCAAGAUCUAG